GCUGAGUGAAGUUAGCUUUUUUGAUGAUCCUGCAUCAGGUUGGAACAGGGUCGACUUGUCGUUUCCUUAUUUGACUCUUGGGCGUGUGAAAAAUGUCCAUAAUUGAGAAUCUUUCAGUGCUUCCCACUGACAUCAGGAUGGUGUUGGUAAGUAAAGAAGAGCCUCCUGAGCAGCAGGGGUGGUGCCCCAGUCUGGAUCAGGAGGACGCCAAGCCCUCACACAUUAAAGAGGAACAAGAGGAACUGUGGAUGCAGGAAGCAGAGCAGUUUCAAGGACAAGAGGAGGCUGAUAUCAAGUUUCCCUUCAGCCCUGUUCCUGUAAAGAAUGAAGAUGAUGAAGAGAAACCAACGUUUUUGCAGGAUCAUCACAUGAAAAAUGGACUGAUGGAAACAGGAACUGAUCGAGCGGACUGCAGAGGAUCAGAACAAGCCAGGAGCUUAGAUCCAGGAGGACAUUUCCUGCAUGAGAUUGAGGUCAUCAUUGAAGAUUGUUCUGAAUCUGAGGCUGAAGACUGUAACCCUGUGACUCACACAACAGUGCAUCAUUUAGGUUCAAACUCUGUGGAAACGGCUGGAGAUCAGGGACAAAAGACUGAUGGGAAAUGCCACAACUGUCCUCUGUGUGUUAAUCCAUUUAAGUGUUCCACGUGUGGGAAAAGUUUCAAGGUUAAAGUACAGCUGGAUAAACACAUGGCGGUCCAUAUGGUGAAGAAAACCUACAGUUGCUCAGAGUGUGGCAAAAGUUAUAAAUAUGCAAGUCUUCUUGAAGUUCAUAUGAGAACUCACACAGGAGAGAAACCAUUCAGCUGCCCUGAAUGUGACAAAAGAUUUAAACAUCAAAGUCACCUGACAAGACACUUGACAACACAUGUAGAAGAGAAACCAUUCAGCUGUCCUGAGUGUGGCAAAAGAUUUUUGCAUAUACAUAACCUGGAAGAUCAUGUCAGAAUGCACACAGGAGAGACACCCUUCAGUUGCGCGGAUUGUGGUAAAGGAUUUGGACGUAAACGUCAUCUGACGGAACAUUUGAGAUGUCACGCAGGACAGAAACCCUUCAGUUGCUCUGAGUGUGGUAAAGAGUUUAUUCGUAAGGAAAACUUGGCCCAACACAUGUACGUUCACAAAGAAGACAAACAAUUUUGUUGCUCUGAGUGUGGAAAAAGAUUUGGCCUCAAAACACAUCUGAAACAACAUAUGAGAAUUCAUAUGGAAGAGACACCAUUAAGGUGUUCUGAGUGCGGAAAAGAGUUUUUACGCAAAGAAAGUCUCAACAAACACAUGUUAAUUCACAAACAAGUAAAACCUUUCAGCUGCUCUGAGUGUGGUAAAGGUUUUAAACAACAGAGUCAACUGACAGAUCAUUUGAGAGCUCACACAGGAGAGAAACCCUUUAGCUGCCCUGAGUGUGAUAAAAAAUUUGCCUUUAAAGUCGCUCUGAAAAUACAUUUGAUAACUCAUACAGAUGAGAAACCCUAUUGCUGUUCUGUGUGCCAUAAAAAAUAUAAACAUAGAGGAACUCUGGAUAAACACAUGUUAACUCAUACUGGAGAAAAACCUUAGCUUCAACUCUUGUGACAGAAGAUUCUCAGGGCGCUCUCAGUUAAGAGGUCUCAAGUGUGUUUGGGGUCAUGCUUUAGAGCAAUCAUAGAAACAGAGAAACUAUAAAGACCAACAGAAACAGGAGCUGAUGUUGAGGAUUGUGGAGGAUUAAAAGGUGCCAGGAAAUCAGAUUGAGAAAGACGUAACCAUAGAGGUUACCACAGAAAACUUCUUUGUACCUGAAACUGAAGACUUUUAUGAUGAUUACUGGAGUACAGAGACUGUCAGUUUUAUGUUGAGAGAUUGUGCUAUUCCAAUGAGAGUUAUGGAAAGUAAUACUGGUGAUCAAUCAGUAACCAUUUUAACUGCGUUACUUAAGCUGUCAUUUGAAAGUCACACAGGAGAAAAACAAUGAUCUUGCUAUUUUUGAAAUUAGACAUGUAUUGAUUAGUAGAUGUUUCUCACAAACUUUUGUUUUACUAUGCUAUUAAAGCACAGAUGUAAGAAAUACACCUAGAAAAUUAC